AAAAAACUUGAAUAACCAAAAGGCUGUGGUAAGCACUCGAACCUUACCAAAAACAUAGGUAAACAUGAAUUAAUAUAGGAAAGCAUAGUUAAGUACUUUAGUUAGUUAAUAUCGAACUGUAAUUUGCUGUGGCGCGAGAGCCACCUCGCCGGGCCGUCAAACCGGGAAAAUCAUACAGUAAAAAAAGUCAAAGAGAGCCACCAUAUGUCUACAGUGGAGGUCACCGUCGACGACCAAAUCAGGACACCACUUCUGCAGCAGCACCAGAAUGUCCCCGAUGAAGUUCGUCGGCAACAAACCGCCACCCAAAGAGGAGGAGGAGGAGGGGGAGAAAUUACGCCUUGGGAAGAUCCCGACGAAUCAAGACCCGAUUCCUCAGCUUCCCCUGCCCCCAAACAGCAACAGCAGCGCCUCGUAUCCCUCGACGUUUUCCGCGGUCUCACCGUCGCCCUAAUGAUAUUGGUCGAUGAUGCUGGAAAAGCGUUCCCAUCUAUAAACCACUCACCCUGGUUCGGAGUUACACUUGCCGACUUUGUAAUGCCGUUCUUCCUCUUUGUGGUUGGGGUUUCUGUAAGUCUCGUGUUCAAGAAAGUUCCUAACAGACAAGAAGCUACAAAGAAAGUGGUGAUUAGGUCAAUUAGGCUUUUCCUUUUGGGGUUGAUUCUUCAAGGUGGGUAUUUCCAUGGUCGUAACAACUUAACUUAUGGAGUUGAUCUCGACAAAAUAAGAGUGAUGGGAGUGCUGCAGAGGAUCUCAAUUGGCUACUUCUUGACUUCCAUCAUGGAAAUUUGGCUGGUUAACCAUGUAGUCGUAGAUUCAGCUAUGGCCUUUGUGAGAAGAUACUAUCUCCAGUUCUUGCUUGCAAUCUUUCUAUGCACUCUAUACAUGCUUUUGCUGUAUUUCCUCUAUAUUCCGAGUUGGAGUUUCCAAAUUUCGAGUCGUAAGGCUGAGAUGCUGCUGUCACCCUAUGGAUCCGCCAUUCAGUCUGUUAAUUGUGGAGUCAGGGGUAGUCUAGAACCUCCUUGCAAUGCAGUUGGCUUCAUUGAUCGGUGUGUUCUUGGCCAACAACACCUGUACCAGCGUCCUGUUUAUACAAGAACUAAGGAAUGCAGUGUCAAUUCACCUGAUUAUGGGCCACUCCCUGCUGAUGCUCCUGGAUGGUGUCUUGCUCCAUUUGACCCUGAGGGCAUCCUAAGUUCUUUGAUGGCUGCCAUUACAUGUUUCGUGGGAUUGCACUACGGUCAUAUUCUUGUACAUUUUAAGGGCCAGGUGGAGAGAGCAAUUUUGUGGUUUUUCACAUCAAUUCCUCUAUUAAUCUCAGGGUUUGUCUUGGAAGUUAUAGGCGUUCCCUUUUCCAAACCUUUGUACACGUUAAGUUACAUGUUCACCACGGCAGGAGCAUCUGGCUUUCUCUUAACAGUUAUCUUUUACAUCGUUGAUGUCAAAUCUAUUAAGAGACCAACUUUGUUAUUUCAAUGGAUGGGAAUGAAUGCUCUUAUUGUUUAUGCUUUGGCUGCUUGUGAUCUUUUUCCAGCAGCUUUACAAGGUUUCUAUUGGCGCUCACCUGAAAACAACCUGGUCAACUUCACAGAGAGGCUGUUCCAGUCAAUGUUCCAUUCUGAAAAGUGGGGAACUCUAGCAUUCGUGUUAGUGGAGAUAUUGUUUUGGGGUGUGGUUGCUGGGUUCCUGCAUAUGAAACAUGUGUAUGUAAAGCUGUAACUAUGUAUAGAUACAGAAUAUUCUGCCUUAGUAGCUAGUGAAACAAGUUUCAAAUGUGGUUCAAAUGACUCCAAAGCCAGAAGCACUAGAACCAUUUCUUGAUCCUGUAAAUUUCUAACUGUUUACCAUUAUUAUUGCAUUAAUCAUUGAGCAAUUAGCAAACACCUCUAUGACCUUUUACAUAAGAUUUGUCUCCCUACAAUUAAGAAGUCGAGAUUUGCUCACUUGGGAACACAGCACAUUGUUGUUGAGAUUUGUUCGUACCUAUUAACCCUAGAGUCUAGUCUAUAGUUGUGGAAGAGCUCGUGAAUCUAGGUUUUGAGUUCCUCUUGCAAUAAUUUCACACCUGACCAGGCUGCCAAUGGUAUUCAUGACCAUCUUAACAUCUUCCCACGGAUUACCGGUGGCCAACUUCUUAUACAAAUAGCUGUCGAAAGUCAUCUUCUGCACAUACUCAUUCCCGCACAACUCCACCAGAGCUUCCCUUGCUCCGUUGCUACCAUAAAACACCCUUUGCAGCAAAUCCAGGAACCUGAAGGUUGUCAAAUACUUUUCAUCCCAUUUCUUCAAAUACUCCCUCUUCAAAUCCUCCUCAUUGAUCAUCCUUUCCCCUCCCUCCGAUGCAUUCACGAUGGCCUCCCCGCACAUCCGCCCGCUCUUUGCUGCGAAAUAGAUUCCCUCGCCGGAACAUUUGGUCACGUACCCAGCUGCAUCCCCAACUAGAGCAACACGGCCUCGAACCCUGAUGGGACGGGGAUGCUCUGGGAUCGGAUGAGCCUCGACUUUAAUGACCCGGCCACCUUGAAUUUUCGAUCUAGCUCUUUCUCUUACACCACGUUGAAACAAUUUAAGGUCUUUCUUGGAGCAGACUGUGCCGGUUCCCACCGCAACAUGGUCAUAUUUGGGGAAAACCCAUGCAUAAAAAUCCGGCGAUACAUCGCUGCCGACAUACAUUUCAGCCAGAUCUUCAUAGUAGCUCAUUCUAUCAUCAGGAAGUUUGAUCCUUUCUUGGAAAGCAAUGGCACAAGUGUAAUCCCCUGCUUUUAUGGACUUGGCCACCUUACUAUUGGCUCCAUCAGCUCCGAUGACAACAUCAACAGCAACUGAUUUCUGCACAUUGUUCAUGUUAUAAUGAACAAUGUAGGGAGAAGAACUCAUUAAGGGAACCUCCACAUUUGUGACCAGGCCUUGGAUGAGGGUAGCUCCCUGAGAUGCAGCACGGCGGCGGAGGAAGUCGUCGAGGACUUCCCGGCGGAGCAUGGGGAUAAACUCGUGAGAUUGAAGAGUUUUGCCGAAGUCAACGCUGAGGUUGGAUGGGGAAAUGAUCUUCAUUUUGGUGACCCUGCGAUCGAUGAGGUGAGCUGGGAUGGAGAACUCGUCCAACAUGCAUAGCGGGAUGGCUCCUCCGCAUGGUUUGGCGGUGCAGGGGCGGUUGCGCUCGAAGAGGAAAGUCUCUAUGCCGCUGGCUGCCAGUGCUUCGGCCGCGGAGGAGCCUGCCGGGCCGCCGCCUACAACGGCAGCCCUGAGCUUGCAGGUGAUGAUGGAUGUGGAGGAGGAGGAGGAUUUCAGCUUGGGAUGAUUGUUUUGGGAUUUAAGUGGGGAAGUCAGGGAGUGCAUAGGGUGUAAAAGGUGUGUUGGAGCCGCCAUAGCCAUUGGCUUCUUUAAGGUGGUUUAGUGUUUGUUUUGGGGGUUAAUUGUGAUAAUUGCUGAAUGAGGGUGGGUUUAGGGUUUGUGAAUUAGUGCAACUUGAGUGUUGCUUUAGUUAUUUUAAUCAUUAUUGGCUGAGAGAUUGUUAAUUAAACAGCUUGAAAGGUUUGGUUUCUUUUUGAAUAAAAUAUGUAGUAGCAGUUUGUGUUUUUCUAAUUCUUGUCUGGAUUUGAGCUAGAAAAAGAUGUGCAGGAGGUAAUUAAAGUUAAAAACUGUCCCAUCAAAACAAGUUUUAGACGACAUUGGGACUUCCCUAGGUAUACUUUUUGCAAUUAACCACCACCAAUUAGGGUGUUCUUGUCGUCACUCUAAAUUACCGUUUGUUUAUGUCAAUGACACAAUGUGAUGGGCAAAAUGAAAUGAAUGAAUAAUCUGCUUCAUAUAUGGAGUAAUUUGUUCUGUAUUUGAUGUAAAUGAUUGGACAUGAAACUGAAGUUAUCCAAAGUCUGAUCAGUUUGACAAAAUCACUUGGCAAUUGGUAAAGAAUUGAGGACUUGAAUCAAAUGAAGCACUCCAUUCCAGGUAUCAUAGGCCAUUAGUCCAAUCCUCCCUCCAACCCAUCCUCCCAUUUGACUUCCCAGGAGGAAACCCAACCACCCCGCAUCCCCUUCACCAAUCAAUCCUCCACCAUAUGCACCGAUGAAUCCGCUAAUACAUCUCACCGUCCCUUCAGCAGGGGUACCACCAACAUACAGCGUCUCAAUCAAGUCCCAUACCGAUGUCAUUAAGGGGACGAUUAUGUGUUUCACUUCCAAGGAUGCACGCCUCGCGCUGGCGUUCCCUGCUUGGCGUGCUGAGUUAAUGGCUUCCUCCAAGGUCUUCCCUUUGGAUAAGUUGUCUGUCAAUGAUUUCUGGGUUGCAGAUGUUUUUACCUUGUGUACAUGAACAGCUCUGAUGUAGUACAAAGUGAACUUGAUCACUUCCUUUAGGAGGCAUGCUAGAGUUCCAUACCUCAUGUCAAAGCAAUCCAAGAAAGUGAAUCUUUCUUUUCUUGUCAUCCCUCCAGUUGAUGAGUCUAAUGAUCCUGUCAGCUGCCGACUUUUUUCAGCUGCAAUAAGCAUUUCCAAUCACAAGUAACGGGACAAAACAACAACUUUAGAACAAAAUUAGCCAAGAAACAUAUACUGUGUUGUUUCAUAAGCUGUUUCGAAAAUCCCUCUGUUUUAACUGGAAAUAGAAAAUCACUUAUGGUAGGAUGGGCAUAACUUGUCCUAGGAGUGUAGUUGUGUGACAAUAGGCGUCAAGCCUCCUUUUUUGUACCAAAAAAAGAAAAAAAAAAUAGAAAAUGUAUGUAUGGAAGCGUGUACCUAUGAAGCUUAAGAUCACAACUGUGGCUAGUGUGAGUAGUCCAAUCUUCAUCGUUGUUAUUCUUGCGGUCUUGCCAAUGUUUUGGGCUCUUCUGCCUACGGCGAUUCAACUUUCAAGGUUUAUCACCUCACACGUUGCUUUUUCAGGGAUGAUUUUGGUAUAUGCGCUUCGCGAAAUUGUAUAUUAAAACAAGAAAGAAUGGAAUAUUUACCAAGACAAAAAAAAAUAAUAACAAGAAAUAAAAAAAAGAAGGGAAAGAAUCUGAUCCAAUGCCUCCAUGGAAGGCAAUAAGGAUUGUUGAAAAAACUUCGGAGGGCUAGUGAGGCACUGAUUCGAAGAAAGAACAAGAGCAGAUGUUAUCCUACCAAGGAUGGUGCAAACUUGUCAUACGCUUUAUUCUCGCCUAAUUAACAGGGAUAGUAAGGUUCAUUUCUUGUUUUGGUUCUUUCUUUCCUCCCUUUAAAUGCUUAGUAGUUCUUCCCCGUAUAAGUUCAUCAAGUUCUUUAUGUUUCUGUGCAGGCCUGAAACUCUCAGGAAGCUUGCAGUGCUGACUAGACCUCAAUAGCCAGAGGCUGCUAUGAGGAAUGGGAGAAGGAUUCAGCCAGAGUUUGAAAUCUAUGGACAAACUGAAAGUCCGAUAAACCCCUAAACAUAAUCUUACAUUUUUCCAUUUGCGCGCCCAUCAAUGGGAUCAUGAUUGUUCAGAUAAAAAGGAUGAUCUGUCAUCACAAUUUAGUGUUUUUCUUAACUAUAACAAAUCAACAUAAUUUGCAAUCUUCGGUUCCAAUACACACACAAACAUAACAUAAGAGAUGUUAAUUAACCACAAUGAACAACAAUCUUGAUAUCAGCAUCAUAGAUAAGAGCCAUAAACCUUUUUACACGCACCACGACAAUUGACUAGUAAUAAACUUUGAAAUAAUAUGGCACAGCUAGAUAAGCAAUCUCCCAAACCCUAUUUAUUGAAAAUCCUAAGUGCCACGACAUGCUAGGCUUAAGAAAUUAAAACAGCUACCUAUCACCAUAGAUCCUGAGCUAUACUGCAGCACCGACAAGCAUGUGACCAUAAUAUACUACAAACUCAUGAGGACGUCCGAACAGAUGAAUGAGCCCUCAUUACUGAAACCAAUUUGCAGAAGCCAUGACAGGAGGGACAGGACAAGGCAGCUGCCACGGUUCGAGGAGGUUCUCUGGAAUUUCAGGGAUAUCAACAGGCACUCCAUUGAUAAUGGAAACAGCUUCAAGCACAUUAUUAAGCGAGCGGAGACGAUCAGUGAGCUCUGCAGCCUGAGCCCUUAAAACGUUAUUCUCAGAGGCAAUUCCAAGGUACAGCUGGGUGGUGUUGUUGAUAUCCUCCAAAGCCAACUUAUUCACCUUCUCCAACUGGUUCACCUGGCUAACGAGCUCAUCUACAUGUUGUUGCUUCCUCACCCGAGAUCUCCUGGCUGAUUCGCGAUUGGAAAUCAUUCUCUUCCUCUUUUUCUCAUCAAACUUGGCAUACCGGGGGUCCACAUCUGAACCAGAACUCGUUUGCUGUGGGGAAGCCAUAGUCAGUCCUCAACUACUGGUUCUACGGGAUUUAAUCAAAUUUCUUUAAUAUAAAGCUGAAUGACAGAGCUCAAAACAAUGCAGGAGGGAUCUGUUGGUAAGAGCUAUAAAUGUUGGCUGUACGAAUAUGGGAAUUCAGGAUAUGGAUCAAAAUUGUAUCAGAAUAUUAGGAAAAGAGGGCUAGUUCAUGAAAACACAUAGAACCAGUAGAGGAAAACUACUGAAAAGGAGUGAAGGAUGCGAAUUCUCCGCAUGAGGACGGUAUACGUCAUGAGAGUUUACGGGAAAUGAACUCUAAAAACAUGACCUUUAGUUACUGUAGGCUAUCCAAAAAUGUGUAUACCAAAAUCCCAAGUUAAGAAGGGUUGAUCCUCUUGAAGCAGUACAAUUGAUUGAUUAUAUCUGCAUCACGGAAAAAUGUAAUCAGUUGGUAAAUAAAGCAACCUUGAAUAUUUGUCAGAGCACAAAGCAUAUCAUAUCAUCAAUAAAUUAAAAUCAAAUGAAACAAGAUUAAGCUCUACAAAGACAAGGCCCACAAUCCCAGUUCGAUUGGGUAUGAAACCAGAUGUGUAAGGAUAGAAGAACUAUUAAGAGUAGAAACAAAUCACCAAGCCAGAGCACAGAAACCCUAAAUAGAAAUGGAAGCUUGAUGGAAAUAAAAGCAAAGUGCAUCACAAACGAAUUAGACGAAUUACAAAACUGAAUCGAAAAACACAGGAUCUUAGAACAAUCAAGCCCUUAAAAAACAAUAGAUUGAGGCCAUAAAUUGAAUAAUAGGAUUCACCAAAUCUAUAUAUACAAUAAAAGGUCAAUCCCACAAAACAAAAACCAAAUCACGCCCUAAAGAACCCUAGAUCGAUCGACGAACAAAAACACAAACACAUAGCAACAACUAAAUCCAAAAGCGACCC